CUUUACCCUGCAGACGAAUCAAGAUGGCAGCCGCCUGCAAGGUCCUAGCUAGGUUAUCCGUUGCUGGAAAAUCAUCGACUUCAGUUCGAACAUUAUAUAAUGCAAGCCGAAAGAAUUUAGCAAUAAAUAAAAAUACAAAAGUUAUUUGUCAAGGUUUCACAGGCAAACAAGGCACAUUUCACAGCCAACAAGCCAUUGAUUAUGGAACCCAGUUAGUAGGAGGGACGACACCUGGCAAGGGAGGUUCAACUCAUCUUGGUCAGCCUGUGUUCAAUACAGUUAAAGAGGCAAGGGAAGCAACUGGGGCUGAUGCUUCAGUCAUUUUUGUGCCACCACCUUUCGCUGGAGCCGCUAUUUUAGAGGCGAUUGAUGCGGAGAUGCCACUUAUAGUUUGUAUAACGGAAGGAAUACCACAACAAGAUAUGGUUAAAGUCAAACAUAGACUUACACGACAAGACAAAUCUAGAUUAAUCGGACCCAACUGUCCAGGCAUAAUAAAACCAGGUGAAUGUAAAAUAGGAAUCAUGCCAGGUCAUAUACACCAGAAAGGUAGAAUAGGUAUUGUAUCAAGAUCUGGAACUUUAACAUAUGAAGCUGUUCAUCAAACCACAGAGUCCGGUUUAGGUCAAAGUUUAUGUAUUGGUAUUGGAGGGGAUCCUUUUAACGGAACUAAUUUUAUAGAUUGUUUGGAAGUUUUCUUAGCUGAUCCAGACACUGAAGGUAUUGUUUUAAUUGGAGAAAUUGGUGGUCAAGCUGAGGAAAAAGCUUCGGAAUAUCUCAGAAAUCAUAACAGAGGUCCCAAAGCCAAGCCUGUAGUUUCGUUUAUAGCAGGUUUAACUGCUCCUCCUGGUAGAAGAAUGGGGCAUGCUGGUGCUAUUAUUGCUGGGGGAAAAGGAGGAGCUCAAGAUAAAAUAGAGGCAUUACGAGAGGCUGGUGUUGAAGUUACUAUGUCGCCAGCACAACUAGGAUCUACUAUGUUAAAGGCUAUGGAAAAGGCAGGAAAGUUAUAAAAGAACUACUUAUUGUUAAUUUUCAGGGUGGUUUAGGUUAAUAAAUCAGUUGAGUGUCAGAUAAUUUAUAAUAACCCCAACAGUGUAACAAUAAUUUGAUAAAUAAAUUGUAAAUAUUGGUAA